AUGAGUUUCUAUCACAACUAAAGUGGCAGAAGGAUAGGCUUUUUAAAAACAUACUUCACAACAGAUGAAUUAUCUAUAUUAAAACAAGUUUAUGUUGAAGAUUUAUUACUCUAUGAUACACUCUUGCAGGAUUUGAACGAUUUGAAUUCAUAUCUUAAGUUUUAUCCAGGAAUUGGUAAUAUUUUUAACAAAGUUGCUUUAGACCCUUAAAUUCUUGAAUUUAUUGCUAAGAAACUUGCUUUAAUGGACAAAAGUGAGAUUCCAAUAAUUUUGAUGAACCCUCAUUAUGAUGAUGAGAAUUCCCCUAUAGAUGUUGCUUGUAGAUAAAAUCAAUUAAAAAGUUUAAAAAUUCUACUAGAACUUAUCACCAAUUAUUAGAAUGAUCAUGGAUUCAAUUAUUUGAUUGACAAUAAUCUAGUCUACUUUAUUGAAAAAGGUCUUGAAUUGUCAGAAUAUUUCGAGAGUACUUUGUCAAUAUUUUAGUUAAAAAGAGAAUAAUUAACUCAAGAGCAAUAGGACUCUAAGGAUUGUAUAUAGAGUCUGAAUGAAUUAUCUAUUACUAAAAAUGUCAAAAAAAAUGAUAAGAUAAUUCAAUUUAAUUAGUAAAAAAAAUAAUCUGAGAGUCAAACCUCUAUUGAAUACUACCUUAUUAAUCUGCCUAAGACUCUUUAAAAAUUGGAUCUCAUUAAAGCUCUUAGUAUUUCUUAAAAACUUGAGUACUUUGACAAUCUCACUAUUUAAACAAUCAUUAAAUUUAAAUGGAAAUAAUAUACCUGA